GGGAACAACUUCGGACAAGGAGAGACGCGGGGCCCAGGGCACCCUCGCGGGCGGGCCCAGGCAGUGAAGGCCUGCGGUCAGUCGGCCAGGCAAUGAAAGUCUAAGGGAUGCGUCCUGGGAAGGGGGUCAAAGGCUGUGGGCAUCGAAUCUUAUGUCCCUUCUCUGGGUCUGCGUAGGGCAGCGGCGUGACAGCCGGCGCGGCCAGGACCUGCAUCAGUAAGCCCCGAGCCCUCGGCGGGCUGCGAGAGACUCCCUGCGAUGCCUCACAACUCCAUCAGAUCCGGCCACGGAGGGCUGAACCAGCUGGGAGGGGCCUUUGUGAAUGGUAGACCCCUGCCCGAAGUGGUCCGCCAACGCAUUGUAGACCUGGCCCACCAGGGCGUGAGGCCUUGCGACAUCUCUCGCCAGCUCCGCGUCAGCCAUGGCUGUGUCAGCAAGAUCCUUGGCAGGUACUACGAGACUGGUAGCAUCCGGCCUGGAGUGAUAGGGGGCUCCAAGCCCAAGGUGGCCACGCCCAAGGUGGUGGAGAAGAUUGGGGACUACAAGCGACAGAACCCAACCAUGUUUGCCUGGGAGAUCCGAGACCGGCUGUUGGCUGAGGGCGUCUGUGACAACGACACUGUGCCCAGCGUCAGCUCCAUUAACAGAAUCAUCCGGACCAAAGUGCAGCAGCCAUUCAACCUCCCCAUGGACAGCUGUGUGGCCACCAAGUCCUUGAGCCCAGGACACACGCUGAUCCCCAGCUCAGCCGUAACACCCCCAGAGUCUCCCCAGUCAGACUCCCUGGGCUCCACCUACUCCAUCAACGGGCUCCUGGGGAUCGCCCAGCCUGGCAGCGACAGCAAGAGGAAAAUGGAUGACAGUGACCAGGACAGCUGCCGGCUGAGCAUCGACUCGCAGAGCAGCAGCAGCGGGCCCCGAAAGCACCUUCGCACGGAUGCCUUCAGCCAGCAUCACCUCGAGCCGCUCGAGUGCCCAUUCGAGCGGCAGCACUACCCGGAGGCCUACGCCUCCCCCAGCCACACCAAAGGCGAGCAGGGCCUCUACCCGCUGCCCUUGCUCAACAGCACUCUGGAUGACGGGAAGGCCACCCUGACCCCUUCCAAUACUCCCCUGGGACGCAACCUCUCGACUCACCAGACCUAUCCGGUGGUGGCAGAUCCUCAUUCACCCUUCGCCAUAAAGCAGGAAACCCCCGAGGUGUCCAGUUCUAGCUCCACCCCUUCCUCUUUAUCUAGCUCCGCCUUUUUGGAUCUGCAGCAAGUCGGCUCCGGGGUCCCAGCCGGUGCCUCGGUCCCGCCCUUCAAUGCCUUUCCCCAUGCUGCCUCCGUGUACGGGCAGUUCACGGGCCAGGCCCUCCUCUCAGGGCGAGAGAUGGUGGGGCCCACGCUGCCUGGAUACCCACCCCACAUCCCCACCAGCGGACAGAGCAGCUAUGCCUCCUCUGCCAUCGCAGGCAUGGUGGCAGGAAGUGAAUACUCUGGCAAUGCCUACGGCCACACCCCCUACUCCUCCUACAGCGAGGCCUGGCGCUUCCCCAACUCCAGCCUGCUGAGUUCCCCAUAUUAUUACAGUUCCACAUCAAGGCCGAGCGCGCCACCCACCACCGCCACGGCCUUUGACCAUCUGUAGUUGCCAUGGGGACAGUGGGAGCAACCGAGCAACAGGAGGACUCAGCCUGGGACAGGCCCCAGAGAGUCACACAAAGGAAUCUUUAUUUAUUACAUGAAAAAUAACCACAAGUCCAGCAUCGCGGCUCACUCCCUGUGUGGUUAAUUUAAUGAACCAUGAAAGACAGGAUGACCUUGGAGAAGGCCACACUGUCCUCCAAGACUCCUUAAGGAGGGGCAGGAGUCCCAGGCAAAGAGAACCAUCCCGUUCCAAAAAAGACAAAAUUGGAGAAGAAAUGGGGCCCCCAGCUGGAAGCCACCAAAGGAGAGAGGAGGGAGCAGCCGGAGGCGGUGGGGGGAGGUUGGGGGGAUGGUGAUUGGCCCUCACCUGGGCCCGAGGUGUGCACAGGGCACCUCCAUGGCCCUGUCGUCAACACAGCUCUAGCAGUUAUGGACUGAAAGCACUUCCUUCCAGCCCACAAGUCACAGCCUGGAGCCGAAGUUCUCCCCACCCGCCUCCCUGGAGUCACCUCCCUCAGCUCCACCUGUCCUCCUUGCCAGGGGCGGGGUCUGGUCAAUCAGAAACUCCCGGCUGUCAGCUGACCUUCCUUUGCCUGCUGCUGUGAUGUGCGAGCCCCACCCCAGGUUC